GUCAUGGGAUGCGCAUGCAGCUACUUAUGCAGUAUUGGUGCUUAGCCACCGCCCUCGAAGCUGAGCCCCAAGCACACAUGUCACGUCUUACAUAUGCUGCUUUACUUGACAGCUUGGGUUUUGUACUCAGAUCAAUCCCAUCUUAUCCAAGGGUUAAUGGCAUGGGACUUGUGUCGACAUGACGACGUUUGAAAGAUGGCAGGGGCAACUGCCAUCCCAUCUUGGGGCUGGCGAGGGAAGCUCAACCCGGGUCGCUACUCAAGAAAGCCAUGGUGUUGAAUGUCCGGAAGGGUUAAGGCACAAAUUGUCAAACUGGCGAGCUUCUGUUCCUUUUCGUUCAGCUCCAGACAUUCCAUCAAAACCUACGCAACAAAAGGAUUCCAAAAUACCGCAGCAUGACGAGUCUGAUUCUGGCAUCGGCAUCACCACACCCUCCUCUCAAGAUCAUGACAACGAGCCGCUUGGCUUGGAAUUGCCCGGCACGGAGCUUAGAUAUUUUGACAGGCCUAUAUCUGAGCGGCUCAAAGCUCGAUUCUUCGACAUCAAGGUCCUGUACACUCAACCGCUACUGGACUACAUUCUCAAGAGGAAGAAAGAUCCUGGAGACAUUUCCAUGAAGCUGAAGCAUCUGGGGCUCAAUUCUCGAAGUAUCAAGCUCCAUAUCGUCAUCCAGUGUGAAAGAAAAGUCGCCAAAAGAGUGAAGAAGUUCUUCGCGCAAGGUCAUGUCGAAGAGGAGCUUUUGCCUGACUUUCGGGUCUUUGUGCUGGAGAAGGCACUCUUGCGAUUAACCGAUAACGAGGCGAUAGAGGUUCUGGCGGAUUCUGUACCAAAGAGAACCUGGUGUGGAACACCCAUCAGAUUGAUCCGAGGCAAUAUGUCUGUCAUGGCGACCUUUGGCGGUGUCAUUGUAGUUGAAACUUCUCACAAGCGCCUAGUUGGCUUGACGGCUGCUCAUUCUCUGAAGAAGUUGCAUAGUCCUCUUGCCAACCAGCUUUUGACUAAUGAUACAGAAGUCCCCUUCUCAUCGUCGUCUUCGGAUGUUUCCGAGAGCGGAAGCGACUCUGAUUGUGAGUCCACAAUCACGACUGAAAGUUCAGUGGAGCAUCUCGAACACUCGAAUGGCAAAGGACUUGACACCACUGCAUCUCAAAACACCUUGGCAAUCGGCACCAUUCUUUGCGAUACAUUCAAUACUCCGAUAGCCCAAAACUAUGACUGGGCUGUUAUUGAUUUGAGCCAACAAGAUGCAUUGCCCAAUAAAGUUGACCUAGAUCAACAGCCUGACUCGUCAGAUUUUGAGGAAGAAAGUAGCUUAGAACCCACCCUUUUUCCAAGCCGGACUCUCUUUGAAUCAGUGUCCAGGCAAGUCUUGGUACUGAAGCAAGGUGCCUCACCGAUUGGAGGGAUGUCUCUUGAUACUUCCUCUGUGCUGAUAUCCCCUGGAUCAUCGUUUGUUGAGGUCUACGAUCUUGCUAUGGAGCAUGGCUCUUCGUUAAGUCCCGGUGACUCCGGCUCAUGGGUAGUCGAUGCGAAGACUUCCGAAUUGUAUGGCCAUGUAGUUUCGGUUGAUGCCUUUGGAGAGGCGCAGGUGAUGCCUAUUCGUUCGACUCUCGACAGUAUCAAGGUGCAGAUGAAUGCUACACGAGUGUUCCUGCCCAAUAGUGAUGAGAUUCAACUAUUGGGGGAGACAUCAAGGCCCCCUAUACCUGCCAACCUGGAAGCAUCGCCGAUCACUGAAGCACCCGAAGAGCAGGAGAUUACACAGGCAACUCACUCGGAAGACAUGACGGGAGACCAAUUUGGGCCAUCGCCACCUUCUACAGAGGCCUCUGGCAAGUCUCCAGCUGGAUACGCAGUAUCUCAACAAGAUAUUGUCGCACAGAGCCUUGAGAUCGCCCGUGAAAGCCCUGAAGGAGCUUCUUAUCCUUCGAUUAGACAGAUUCUUGAGUCUGCUUUUGAAGAAAUCUGGUCCAAGAUAGGGAAUCAACCCGAUUCAUAUGUCAUGACGAGAGAUGAGUUUGCCGUGUUCAAUUUCUUCCAGCACCGCUACACCGGCGAUAAAAUCGCCAUCGCUGCUCGAAAGAGAUACUGGGAAUCACUAUCUAUGGACUCUUCGGAGUCUGCCAAGACUGAAAGUGGCCAUCUCGGUCAGAUUGACGCCGUUCGGGAAUUGGUUCAAGCCUCGUAUCGCCGCAUUGGAACUUAUGGCCCAGAUUUCGCCAAUGUGGCUACUAAAUUGUACAAACUUGAAAUGACCCUCCGGCGGCUGCGAGAUGAAGUCGCCCAGGAAGACAUUCCUGUGCAUCUCGAGGAAUCUUACUCCAGUCACCUUCAUUCGCUCAUUGAGGAUUGGGAUUACGCCAUGAAGCGUGUUAAUUCUUUACUUGAUACGUAUCAUGACGAAGAGAUAAGUUUCGAAGGCGAAGAGGCUUCCAUGAGUGGUAAACUGAAACCCAUAGAGCCUAUCUUAGCUGGCAAAAGGAUGGCCAUUGAGCUGUUGCUUGACUCAGUCCAGUUACAAAAGCCUCAGAUACACGAUAGACGCCAGUCUGGCCUCGAAUAUAUUAAGGACAAGGUCGACCAAAUUGCUUCUCAACUUUUCGCCAACUGGGAUGCUGGAUCCUUCUCGGGAGAAAAUGAUGAUUUAUGGCAACAUUUCCAGGAACUGCUUGAGAAAGAGGGAUUUUCUUCUCAAAUCCUAAACAAAAACAAAGAUGUCCUCAUGGCGUAUAUCAACGAACUCAGAUAUGUUGCCGAUACCAUGACAAGCACGCUCUCUCGCACUCAUGUACCACCCGAGCCACCUUUGAAUAUUGUACCCAGUGAGCGGAAACCGGAUAUUAAGCACAAGCUUUAUGAUACAAGUAUACAAAUGGAUGUUAUUACAACAGAAGACAUCAUUGCUCUGGACAGAGAGGAUUCAGUAGUGCAGCAGAUCCAGCCUACACUUUCACCAAUGGAAGCAAGCCCUCUACAACAGCCCAUACCAUCACAGGAUUGGUACACAGAAACCUCUCGCCUAACCGAGGACUUAUCUCAUCAUGUCUCGUCUCGGUCCACAUACAGGCGCAAUAAUGGUCAGGCCGGCUUUGCCCCAACAUCUCAACUUGUGGCUCCGGAUCAAUACGGUAGAGCAAUUCCUGAUGACGCCCAUUGGACGAAGAUAUCGCGCAAACUUAUUAGUGUCGAGGUCCUACAACGAGCGGGUGUACGCUACGAAGCAAGACCAAAUUACGUCGCCAUCCUGGGUACUCUGUCCAGAGAACAAGUGGCAAAGCUCGUUCGUGAGAGCGAGGUGGCGAUAUUUUCUCGUCCUCCACCUCCGUAUCGUCGAGCCAGAAAGAUUUCCCCGCAGGCCCGACUUGUGUCCCCAUCCGACGACGACGUAUCCUUUAUCCCUUUGCUCGAUAGUGGCAGCAUGGGUAGUGCAGUUGUUCAGGUCCCCAGCAGGAGGCCUAGCAAAGCUCGUGAUAGCGAUGCCAGUGCUCGCAGAGAGGAUGAAUAUCCUCCACGUCGGAAUGCCGGGAUGAAGCAAGAAAAGCCCGGGAGUAAACAAGAGAAGUUCAACGGAAGGCAACGGCGAAGAUCUUACAGGAGCCCAAGUUAUGACCCUUACAGAGGAAGAACUGACUGGGGUGGACUUCAGCACAGCGUAAAGGCCUAUGAUAAGGGUGGUCCAGGUGGUGUGGUUGGAAUUGGCAGCGCAGCAGUGAGUUUGCUGUGUGUAUUGUCUGAGGCUGCGUCAGCUCUUUAGACACUGGAUCUGUUUUCUUUCGUGUUUGUAAAUGGGAAUAUUAGGGAGCUGUAUGCAAAUCAUGAAGAUUGGACAAAGGAACAAGGUAUUGAGACGUCUAAAGGGUAAGAGAAACAUGAAGCUCGAUCCUAGGUGGCAGAAAUCCAAGGCUAGCUUUGUGCAAAUGCACCAAGGCGUCUACCCUCUCUCGUUAUCAUUUUAUCUGCCAGUUUUACUAUCAUACUCAGUAUAAUAUACUAUUUCAUGCA